AUGGCUGGUAAUGCGGCGGCGGCGGCGGAAGAGUCCGGCGAUUUCGAUUUCCUGAUCGUGAGCCAUGAAAAUGGUGGGAUUCUUGAUCUGUUCAAGUUCCUGGCUUUUAACAACCCAGAUAGUGGUGCGAAGUUUCUCAAAACUUUUCGCGGCGGCGGCGGCGGCGGUAGGGCGGUGGUGCAGGAAGAUGUACUAUUUGGCGAUGGCGAUCACAGGUGGGUGAUAGUUGUUUCUAUUAUUGUCAGGAAAAUUAUUAAGGUUCUCGGCAAACCCAUGGAGUGGUUCGGCUAUGUUGUCGAGUUCUUUCUCAAUCUCUUGUCUCUCAAUGGCAACUUCCUCGGUUUGCUCUCCAAUUUUCUCCAUGGAAAAGUUGUAAUGCCGAAAAGGGGUUCCGAUACAUUCAUAAGUGCAAUAGGGCAUUUAGAUGGUCGUAUAGACCUGUUCAAGAUGGAGUCACCCUCGAACGAAAUUAAUCAAAAUGAAUUAGAUAUAAUGACCGGAAAUCGGGCCCUAAUGGACCUCUGUAUGAUGGCUUCCAAAUUAUCGUAUGAGAAUGCUAAGGUUGUCAAGAAUAUCGUAGAUCUUCAUUGGAAGAUGCAUUUCGUGGACUUCUACAACUGCUGGAAUGAUUAUCAAAAAGAGAGAUCGACCCAAGUUUUCAUAAUGUGCGAUAAGCCAAAAGAUGCGAACUUUAUACUGGUUAGCUUCAGAGGCACAGAGCCGUUCGAUGCUGAUGACUGGAUCACCGAUUUCGACUACUCAUGGUACGAAAUACCUAAACUAGGUAAAGUGCACAUGGGGUUUCUAGAAGCUCUAGGUUUAGGCAACAGGCUCAACGCCCCGACAUUCCAAGCCCACCUUCAAUCAAGAAAAGUCAAACCUUCCAAUUUAAACGGUGGCGAUUCUUCUAAAUCUCAUCUUUCAUCACCCACCGUCGGAUCAAGCCAGUCUUCCGAUUCAGCAACAGAGGAGGAGGAGGCUCUCGUGCCUGUAAUGGGAGGAGAAAUGACUGCAUACUAUGCUGUUAAAAGUAAGCUCAAGGAAUUGCUCGAAGAAAACAAGAACGCGAAAUUUAUCGUCACGGGCCAUAGUUUGGGUGGGGCCCUCGCAAUAUUAUUCCCCACGGUGCUAGUUCUGCAUGGAGAGGAGAAACUGAUGGAACGGUUUUCGUGUGUCUACACUUUCGGACAACCUAGGAUUGGUAAUGGUGAGCUCGGUAAAUACAUGGAAGCCCAUCUCGAAAAACCCGAGCCCAAAUACUUUAGAAUGGUGUACUGUAAUGAUCUUGUUCCGAGGUUGCCUUACGAUGACAAAACCUUCUUGUAUAAGCAUUUCGGCGUGUGCAUAUACUACAACAGCCUCUAUAUCGAGAGAAAAGUGGAAGAAGAGCCGAAUAGGAAUUACUUUGGAUGGAGGUUUCUGAUUCCGGAGUAUUUGAAUUCGGUGUGGGAAUUGGUGAGGAGUUUUGUAACGGGAUAUGUGUACGGAUCGGAAUACAGGGAGAGCUGGGAAUCGUUUAUGCUGAGGGUGGUGGGAUUAGCAAUUCCGGGCCUUUCUGAUCAUAGUCCGGUUGAUUAUGUGAACUCGAUAAGGCUUGGAAGAAGGAGAAGCGUUGAAAUGACGUCGUUUUGAAUGGCUCUAAAAAUAAAUAAAUAAAUAAAAUAAAAUAAAGAUAUGUAGUUACUGAUGUGUUAUUUGUGGCCGGGUUUUGAAUAAAGAUUUCUCCUUUUGCUUUUUUCGUGUGAUUUUGUACGGUUUGUAAUACAAACUUCGUGAUUCUUCUUCCCCGGUUGCUGGAAUAACGAGAAAGGAAUAUUGAGUGAAUAUUCUGUCAAAAUGAGAAACUUGGAAAUUGUAAAUAAAAAUUUAUAAAUUGAGAAUUACUGG